AUGUUUGCGGUAUUGUACACUUAUGGUAUGAUUGUUAAAAUACAAUGCCCAUCUCAUGCUGGCGACCCUUUCUUUUGUGGCCGACGUGGUAAAUCGUGUGAUGCCCUGAAUGUCCAAUAUAUUGUUGACCGGAGAGGAGUGGUGAGACACAUCGUAAGUGGUAUCCCUGGCGCUACACAUGACAAAACUGCAGCAGAGUGGUGAGCUCAGUUUUUAAUGUAUCUAAACAAUAUGCAGCCUUAUGAUGUAGUAUUGGGAGAUGUAGUUUACAGAGGACUUCAUGCCAACGUCUUAACUCCCUUUAUCGGGAAUAACCUUCAAGCCAAUCAGCAGCAAUAUAAUGAUGAUUAUAGGCGUCUCCGUCAAAUCGUUGAGCGUACCAUUGGCGGAACAGAAUUGAAAUGACGUUUAAAUCAACUCAAAGAAAACCGACUUCUUGCCAAAAAUGAUGUCAUAUUUGCUUCGAAGUGUACCGUAGCCACAGCAGUAUUACAUAACAGAUACACCAAUUUUUUGUGA